GUCCGCCGCACGCCAUGCAAUCCAGCUCCAUAGCAUGCAAUUGAAUGAGCUCCGCAAAUCUUUACAGCUGUUUGCACUUGCAAAGCCCUCGCCUUUAGUAGGCUGAACUAGCGGACGACUCGAAUUUGCCGCAAACCAGUUUGCCGGUACACUAAAGAUACAAAAAUUACUAAAUCCGCCCCAUUGCUGAGACGCGGAGGGCCGACAUUAGUCGCGAUCGCGAGACUCAACCGUUAGGAAGUGCGCGCAAUUCUGUGCUUAAUCGAGUCCGAGUCCUAGUUGAGCUAAGCCGAACCGAGAGAGAGAGGGAGGAAAAACAGAAACACGAUGGAUCACGGAAACCCUGCUGCUGCUGCUGGUGGUGUUGUUGGAAAACCGUCCGAGCCCGAAUUCGGAGCGCGGGAAAACUAUCGAGUGGUGAAAAACAUUGCCGUACUGGGCUUUGCAUUUAUGAUUCACUUUACGGCUUUCCACGGCACUUCGAACCUGCAGAGUUCGGUACACAGUGACGGCUCGCUGGGGGCCUAUACGCUGGCCGCAAUCUAUGGCUCCCUCAUACUGUCAAACAUCUUUCUGCCGGUGAUGGUGAUCAGGUGGCUUGGAUGCAAGUGGACUAUCGUGAUAUCGUUUGUGACUUACAUGCCGUACCUCGCGGCGCAGUUCUUCCCCCGAUUCUACACGCUUAUUCCGGCCGGUUUGGCCGUUGGAUUCGGCGGAGGUCCACUGUGGUGUGCUAAAUGUACUUAUCUGUCGGUGAUUGCCGAGGCCUACAGCAUUAUUAAGCAGCGAAAAGUGCAAGCGGACUACUUGAUUGUCAAGUUCUUCGGGUUAUUUUUUGUGUUCUACCAACUUGCUCAGGUUUUGGGUAAUUCGAUCUCGUUCUGGGUUCUAUCGUACGACGACGAGAUAGCGCCGUCCAAUGGCACCGUCCACAAGAUUAACAUUUCGGAAACUUGCGGUGCCAACUACGUUGCCCCGGUGGACCGCCAACUGAGCAUACCGGAGGAUGAUCCGUUGAGCAUUCACCGACCGGACACGGUUAAAUUGAACAUUUUGACGGGGAUUUUUCUGGCUUGUAUGACCGUGGCCAGCCUAUCGGUGGCGAUUGGCGUCGAUUCGUUGAAGCGCUACAACACAACCCGUGCCGGUUCGGGUGCAGGAGUUUCGGGCAUUCGAAUGCUGGUCAUCACGGCCAAACAGCUGACCAACAAGUAUCAACUUUUGCUUUUGCCAAUCACGAUGUUCAUCGGUGUCGAACAAGCUUUCAUUGCAGUGGACUUCACUGCGUCGUUUGUAGCGUGCGGUCUGGGGAUCAGCUCUAUCGGAUUUGCCAUGAUCAGUUUCGGAUCGGCAAACGUGUUUGCUGCCGCUAUCACACCGUACAUCACCAAAACGAUUGGACGUUUUCCCAUGAUCGCAGUGACGGCCGUUUUUCACCUUGCGCUGAUUGUGUUUAUGUUGCUGUGGAAACCGACCGAUCAGUACUGGGCUUACUCGGCCAUCGUCGCCUGCUGGGGACUGGCGGAUGGCAUUUGGCUUAUACAAAUUAAUGCUUUGAGCGGUAUUCUGUUCCCGGGCAACGAGGAGGCUGCGUUCAGCAAUUUCCGUCUGUGGGAGGCAACCGGUUCGGUGAUAAUGUACGCAACCAGUCCCGUUCUGUCGACCUUCACGAAACUGGUUUGCAUCAUGUGUAUUAUGCUGGUCGGAACCGUCGGGUACACUUGCAUCGAGCUAAUGGAAUAUCGCAUCAAAAAGGAAAUAGCCGGGAAGCGGUUUGAAAUGAUCGAACGUACCGAUUAGUUUCCGUCAAGUGCCGCCUGUCAACAGCUGUAUUACAAGUACCUGCAAUGUACAACAGUCUAUUCUGGAUAUCAUCUUAUAGGAAUAUCGGAACGAGUAGUAAAUUUAUUAAUGAUUAUUGGAUGUGAAUAGAAAACCUACAAUGUUGAUCAGAGUUUUUAAUUAUUCAGGAAAUAGAAUAUGCAGUUCUUAGAAAAACAUUCAAACAAGUAUUUUUAGACUGUUAAGUUAGUUGUUACUACCAUGGUUGUGUAAGUCUGCAAACAGCAGGAAAUUUCCAGGAAUGUUUUAAUGGAUGAUCCAGAACAGCUGAAUCACUGAUAGCUGUUCUCUUUCAUCAACAACUUUCUUCGGUUGCAAUGAAACUUGGCAAAGUGAAUCAUACUUGAGUUCUAUAACCCUCCUCUACUGAUUUUGAUUUUAAUGGCUAUAAUUAGUUAGUAGAAUCACAUGAUACUUGUAUGAAACAUUUUGCAACGUAAUCGCUCUCAUUACAAAAGCAAAA